AUGGCUGCGGCCGACAAACCGCAUCUCCCGGCGGUAAAGCUGCCUAAAAUCAAGCUUGACACCACUAUCGCAGAACUGUUCAAACGCGCAAAGCCUCAAGAUGCCGAGAAGCGACUCGGCCUCGUCCUCUGCGGCGUAAACUGUGGCAUGGACCUCAGCCCAGACUUCCCGCGCAACACAAAAUUUCUGUACCAGGAUAGCCCCUUCAACACCAUCCCGCGGCAGGAUCUGUCGAACGGGAACAUUGAGCUGCAGAAGUCUCUAGCCAUGAAAUAUCUCAGCCUUAUUCCUCAGCGCGAUGCGUUCAUCUCUGGCAACGCGGCGGUGGUUCUCUUCAACGUGGAUCAAACCCCUGAGCAAAUGGAGCACGAUCGCCAUGAGGCGGAAGCUACUAUUUCAGUUCUCGAUUCGUCCCAGCGCCCGGAACUCAUUUUCUGUCCAGGCCCUGCAAAGAUCCCCGUAAAAGAGCACCAUAUCGAUAAGAUCGCGUAUAAACUGGCUCUAGAUGGACUCCAGGAAUACCCCCUUACUAUCGAUUUGGAGACGCACUGGUACCUCAACAGCAAAGCCGCACUUGCACUAUCUGGUUUGCCAACUCCUCGAGCGGAGGUCAUUGAGGUAGCCGGCUUUGGACCUACCGCAGAUGCCUGUUGUGAUAUCUGCACCACGGACAGAGGCGAGCUGGUGUUUAUCCCAUCGAAAUGCACCGGUAGUCGCGGCGAGUGGCUCCGGGAGCAAACAAAGCUGAUCAUAGCCGCGAUCGAGCGCCGGUCGAUUCCAUUCGUGGUGAAGAACCAACAGACUUUCGGCGGGGCAGGUACCUGGGUUAUCAGCACAGAGAAGCAGAAGAGAGAUUUUCUCGCCGACUUCAAUGGCGAGGAUGGCGUACUUCGUAAGCUAUUGUCGAGCGUGACGAAAGAUAAUUAUCACCUCAAGCCUGGGACAUUCAUCAUUAGUGAUCUGGUGAAGGACCCCAUCGGUGAUUAUGGCUUGACCUUCUUUGUGUAUGACACUGGCGAGGCAACCUUCUUAGCUGUCUCGGAGCAGAUGAUCGAUGGCAAUAAUGCGUGGAUUGGCAGCACGAUCAACUACACGCAUCAAGGAAAACUAUACCAGAAGUUCGAACCAUUGAUGAAAAAGACGGCUGCUUGGCUGUCAAAGCACGGUUAUUACGGUCCUGCAGGAAUGGACAUCUUGGAGACACGAACUCCUGGAGAGACAGAUAGCCAUACUGGGGAGCAAACGGCAUAUCAUAUUGUCGACUUGAAUGUGCGGACAUCUGGAUCCUUGUGCCUGCCUUUGUUGCGUGGGCACUUCACAAGCCGUAGUAUGAAUUGUGCAAGUAGCUUCUCCAUCACAGUGAAGGGGGGACGAGACGAGUUCAUCGAGAAAUGGAAAGACGGGUUUGAAUCGGGCCAAAUGUGCAUCUUGAGUUGGUAUGAAGAUUCAGACGCACAAGAGAGCAUAGCGGACGUGGCUGUUGGGGCGGAGAGCGAGGAACAAUUACAGAAGCAGAUGAAGAGAGUCCGAGAUGCUACUGAGGAAGUGACGUUCUAG